AUGAGGGAAGAAAACCAGUCCUCCACCCUGGGCUUCAUUCUCCUGGGAAUUACUGGCAAGCAGGAGCAGGAAGACGUCUUCUUCAUCCUCUUCCUGUUUAUUUACCCCAUCACAUUGGUUGGAAAUCUGCUCAUCAUCUUGGCCAUUCGCUCUGACAUCCGCCUUCACAAUCCCAUGUACUUUUUCCUUGCCAAUCUUUCCUUUGUUGACAUCCUGUUCUCAUCUGUAACGGUCCCUAAGAUGUUGGCAAACCACCUCUUGAGCAGCAAAGCCAUCUCGUUUGGAGGAUGCCUAACACAGAUGUACUUCAUGAUUGCCUUGGGUAACACAGACAGCUAUAUCUUGGCUGCAAUGGCUUAUGAUCGUGCUGUGGCCAUCAGCCGCCCCCUUCAUUACACAACAAUUAUCAGCCCCAAAUCUUGUAUCCUGCUUGUUGUUGGGUCAUGGGUGAUUGGAAAUUCCAAUGCCCUCCCCCAUACUUUGCUUACAGCUCGUUUGUCCUUUUGUGGCAACAAGGAAGUGGCCAACUUUUACUGUGACAUUACCCCAUUGCUCAAGUUAUCUUGCUCUGAUAUCCACUUUAAUGUAAAAAUGAUGUACCUAGGAGUUGGUGUUUUCUGUGUGCCAUUAGUAUGCAUCAUUAUCUCCUAUAUUCGGGUCUUUGCCACUGUCCUACAGGUUCCAUCCACUAAAGGUUUGCUCAAAGCCUUCUCCACCUGUGGCUCCCACCUCACAGUUGUUUCUUUGUAUUAUGGAACGGUGAUGGGCAUGUAUUUCCGUCCUCUGACCAGUUACAGCCUAAAGGAUGCAGUGAUAACUGUGAUGUACAUGGCAGUGAUUCCAAUGCUAAAUCCUUUCAUCUACAGUCUGAGAAACCGAGAUAUGAAGGCUGCCUUGAGGAAACUCUUCAGCAGGAAAAUUUUCUCAUAA